AUGUCUGACUACGAGGACUUUAGAGCCAGCGUCCUGAACGUUAUUCAACAAAUUCCAAAAGGAAGAGUGACAUCGUACGGUAUGAAGCAGGUCAUAUUGCAAAGCUCGUUGAUCAUCCAAGGCAUGCCAGAUACGUCGGACGUGUUCUACGGGGCCUCAAUGGGGAAGAAGGUUUACGGAUACCCUGGCAACGUGUGGUGA